AUGGGAAAGUCGCGGAUGUGGAGGCAAUCCCCCGAGUGUGUGAGCCACAUCGCCCAUCCGCCAUCUCCCCAGCCAUCUUCGGCCUUCGAGGGAUUCUUCGAUGUCGAUACUCCUCCCUCGAGGCCACUAAGCGAAGCAUUCAUUUCUGGAACCUCGACCCCGACCGGCGCCAUGGGCUCACGGCCCCCCACCCUGACCGAGAUUCUCCUCGAUGUCUCCUCACCACCAUGGACCCUCAGCGCCUUCAUGGCCUAUCUCUCCCAAAACCACUGCAUGGAGACGCUGGAGUUCACCCUCGAUGCCCAGCGCUACUCCGCCUUUUACAAUGAACUCAUGAUACAACCCACUUCCCGCUGUGUGGACAGCGACGACCGCGUUUGCUCCCUCUGGGAGAAGCUCAUGCAGGUUUACAUCAUCCCUUGUGCUCCCAGAGAAGUCAACAUCCCCGCCCACGUGCGAGAUCACUUGCUCAGUCUCCCUUGUGGUCCCUCUCCUCCCCACCCCUCUCAACUGGACGAGGCCGGCCGGAUCAUCUACGAACUAAUGAACGACUCACUCCUCGUCCCUUUCCUCGAAUCAGUCGCUCCUAUGCAACUUGACGGACCCUCCGACGAAUCCGCACGCUCACCUAGGUUUGCAUCACACAACAGAAUGUCCGGCCCAAUUCGGUCCACGACUUCCAUGCAAGGUCUCGAGUCGGACAGUCUCACUGAUGACAGUGAUUGUAACUCUCCCCCGGCAAUGGAACCCAUGACCCCACCCACCACACCUCCCACUUCCGAAUGGACCUUCAACAAUCCAUCACCUGGAAGCCUUCAACGGGACGGGUUGACCCGUCACUCUGACCUCGGACAAGAUGGUGAACAUAGGGACGGCACGACCGCAAAAUAUACUGCCAAACGGAACAGACAGUCCAUGUCUUUGGUGAAGAAGAGUAUCAGGGUUAGAACGAGGAUGCUCGUUGACAAGGCCGUCGAGCCUGUCGCAAUCAUGGCGUCGCAACCUGCCCAAGAGAUGGAAGUUGACUUCGAGGAACAAAGUCGCCUGUGGGUCGGAUCGCACAACUUUAGCGAUUUCUCCCACUACUUGCCGAAUCCAUCAGCCAGUUGCGAGAGCAUGAUCACUUCCGCAACCACUAUUGAUUCACAAUGCUCCUGUCCUGCUUCCCAAGAUGCGUCCCCGGAUGACACAUAUGGAUGGGAGGCUGAGCUCGAUCGAAGAGCGAACCAAGAAGAAGACGAUGAGUGUGAAACCAUCGCUUUGACUUAUCGGCGGGCCAAUGGAAGCAAAACGAACCUGCUACAACGCGUUUUCAAGGCCGUAUCAUCAUCUUCCUAG